GUUCAAGGUUGACAUGGGAUGAACGAAAUUAUUUAACCUGGUCUUGGAUCAAGCCCAUCAUUCCUCAGCUUAUGCAGAACUGAAUGAAGGUGUCUGUUGGGGCCAGAGCAAAGUGUCUUCUUGCCCGCAGCCAUGCUGGGCCUUUCUAAACAAGCCUCGCUCUACCUGAGUCUUCUUCUAUUUCUGUCCCUCCAAUCCUCAGUCCUCACCCUUACUGGGACCGCGAGCCAGUGCCAGUCUGCUCCCUUUGUACCAGGUUACAAUCUGGCAGGAGAGGGCUUUAACAUAGUCACUCUGCGCCGACAAGGAGCCUACGUGAUUGAUAUGAGGACCCACCUCAACCCGAAUGGCACCUGUACACUUUACCACAACCCUCUUCAAGGCAACGCGUUGCAAAAAGUGCCACUCUCUGUGCAUGACUGGAGAUCCUUCCGUCAGUGCACUGCAUCUCUCCACGGAAGCUACCACAGCUCUAACAGCACACUAAUUGAAACAUACACCAGUCUAGACAGCCAUGACUGGAAGUCCGGACUGAAUAUAAGUAAACUUGGUGGCUUAAAUGUUGGUGGAUCAAGUUCCAGUGCCUACAGCUUUGCUUCAACCAGGAGCAGAGAAGACCAGCACAUUUUCAGCCUUCACUACAUGUACUGCAACCACUACUCAUACCGAGUGUCAAACAGACCAACCCUGAGCUCUGAGUUCAGGGGGGAUUUGGACCAACUGCCACCAUACUCCGCUUCAACAAAGGCUGAUUACAGGAGAAUUAUAGAGACAUACGGCACACAUUACAUCAACAAGGUUUGGCUUGGAGGACGAUACAGAAGGCUGUCAGCUAUCCGUACAUGUUUGUCCAGAUUGAAUGGCUUGUCAACUUAUCAGGCACAUGACUGCUUGUCUCUGGGAAUCAAAUUAAGCCUGAAGAUAAUUCAAGGUUCAUCAGAAACACAUACCUGCUCCAAGAUCUUGGAGAACAUGGACACUGCUGCAUCAUACAGCGCUGGGCUCCACCAGCACGUCACAGAGGUAACAGGAGGAAAUGGUUGGCUCGGCGAAUUUUCACUCUCUGGUAUUGACGCCUCUGGCUAUGAAACAUGGCUGCGCAGCCUCAAAGAUCACCCUGAUGUUAUUCACUAUUCUCUGAGACCACUGUACGAGCUGGCACUAUCGUGGUCAACUAUGAUUGGACUGUAUUUGGCCACACAUGAUUACCUCAAAGAACAUGGCGUCAGUUCUGGGACCAGUAAUCCAAGAUGUAGCGGUCGUCCUAACCUUGAUUACAACUGCUGUCCCAUCGAGACCCGCAGAGGAAAUCUAAGGGUGACCAUCGUCCGUGCUUGGGGUCUGAAAGGAGAUCCUGUCGGGAAGACAGAGGCGUAUGUGAAGAUGUGGUACGGUCAACAUUACCGUAGGACCCGUAUGAUCCGAUCAAACUCCCCCCGUUGGAAUUCAGAUUAUGACCUUGGAAAUGUUUAUGCCCAUUUGAGUCUUAAGAUUGAAGUCUGGGAUGAAGAUGUGUUCAGAGACGACCGUCUGGGGUCAUGUGUGAGGAACCUGAGACAGGGGUCACACACUUUUAUCUGUUCAGUCCAAAGAGGGGGAAUAGAGAUCAGAUACUCACUCACCUGUGACCGCCAUCUGACUGGAAACCAGUGCCAGGACUACAGACCAGUUCCAUAGAAACUCAGUCUGAAUGAAAGAAACAAUGAAACAUUAUAUUAGCAUUUCCACUGUAUGAGCAUUAGCUUUCCCGAUUUUUGAUCAAUAUCUUUUCUAAUAAAUGACAUGAUAGGUGUUGGUGAAAGUUAAAAAGGUCUGAUCUAUGUCACUGUGAUUUUAGAUGAUUUAGUAACUGUCUACUUCAUCACUUUACUUUGCUAAAAACAGCUAAUAAAUACACAGAAAUGAUUUUAAGCAUCAUUCACGUUGUCCCUGAGCAUCAAUACUUAUCUCUAGCACAGACUGUAGAGGAUGUUAAGCAGGAGAUGGCGCUAUUG